CUCCUCGACUCAGAUCUUGCGACUUGUUGUUCAAUCCAUAAGCCACAAGGCCGGCAAAUAAGCCGUUCAAAUUGUGAGUGAUGACUGAAUCUUUUGUCUAGCGACAUACUGCCAAAAGUACCAGUCGACCUGUCCGUCGAUGACUCUAAUCUGCGUCUCUUCUAGAUUGUCUAAUUUAUUUCAUCUGCUGAACGCGGGGCCUGGCCGUAUUGUGUAGCCUAGCAAUGACUGUAUGCACAGAUUGUGGUGGAACUGUGAUCGAGUAUGACGCUGCGGCGGGAAAUGGAUUUUGUGUACAAUGUGGAACAGUCGUGGAGGAGAACACCAUCGUCAGCGAGGUGACGUUCGGUGAGACGAGUAACGGUGCAGCGAUGGUACAAGGCAGCUAUGUCGCCCAAGGAGCUACACGCGCACGAAUGGGAGGGCCAUUUGGCAACAGGGGAAGCAGUGAAAGUAGAGAGCAAACCAUCGCCAACGCGAGCCGGAAAAUUCAACAGGUAGCCAAUGCGCUGCGCUUGUCAGAGGUCGUCGCGCUUGCAGCGACACGGCUUUACACACUAGCCGUGGAACAUAAGUUCACCAAGGGACGCAAGAGCCUGAACGUCGUCGCCGUCUGUCUCUAUGUUGCCUGCAGGCAGAAGGAGACGCGGAAUUACAUGCUCAUCGACUUCUCCGACCUGCUACAGGUCAACGUCUUCGAACUGGGCCAUACAUAUCUACAGCUGGUACAGACGCUUAACCUCCGCCUUCCCCUCGUCGAUCCUUCUCACUACAUCUCCCGCUUUGCUGCGCUGCUCGAGUUCGGUGACGAAACACACCAAGUCGCUAUGGAUGCCGUGCGCCUCGUGCAGCGCUUCGACCGAGACUGGAUGACACGCGGACGGCGCCCGGCGGGCAUCUGCGGAGCAUGUCUCCUGCUCGCUGCGCGUAUGAACAACUUCAGGCGCAGCGUCGCGGAAAUCGUGCAGGUCGUCAAGAUCGCGGAUACGACGCUGAAGAAGCGCUUAGAGGAGUUCCGCAAGACGCCGAGUGGCGCACUGACGUUGCAGGACUUUCGGAGUGUUUGGCUCGAAGAGGAGAUGGACCCGCCUGCGUUCACGAAGGGGAAGGAGAAGGAGGAGAAGGAGAGAGAAGAGCGGGAGGGCGGAGAUACCCAGACGGAGGAGAAGGUGAAGAGAAAAGGCAAGGGGAAGGGGAAGAAGAAAAAGAAGAGGAAGCGCGGUGAAGAUACGGACGAAGAGGACGUCGAGAACGAACCUCAGCCGGCGGAGUUCGCACCCCUACCCUUCCACCAGUUCGAUCCCAGUCUCCUGCAGCAGGGCAUCUUCGGAGACCCUACACAACUGCAUUUCACUGAUGGCCCUCCACCGUCGUACGUUGAUCCUUCGCAGGCACAAUUCCCUGGACCGCACUUCGUUCCCUUCUCUCAUCCUUCGCACCCGGCCAAUGCACCUAUCCCUGGCCCUUCCCAGCAACCGCCGCAACCCCCCCUGUUCCUCCCAGAAGAUGUGGAGGGCCCGGACUCCAACAUAGAUCCGGCUUUACUCGAGACUCAGGCUCCCUCUGGAUCAGCAGGCACCGUAUCACCAUCGGAUUUGCCACUAACGGAUGUACCACCAACGGACGUGCCACCAACGGACUUGCCGCCAACUGACUCGCCACCGUUGGACUUGCCGUCGUCGGAUUUAGCAUCAUCGGAGCUUCCCUCAGACAAAUCGAUCGCUGAACCCCCUUCACCGUCACCACUGGAGGAGACAGUUGAUGCGGCAGUCGCAGAAGAAGUCGCCGACUUCCUUAAGAAUGCACAAGGGACCGUCCUCAACUCCGCUCUCGACGAGGCAGAACAGCGGAGGCAAGCUGAGUUCACCGGAGACGACGAGCUACUCGGACUGGACGAGGAUGAGUUGGAUCGGUUCAUUCUCACCGAGGAAGAGGUCAGGGUCAAAGAGCGAGUCUGGGUGGAGAUGAACAAGGAUUAUUUGGAGGCGAUUGCAGCAAAACAAGAGCAGCAAGGUAGUGACGAGGCCAAGGAGAAGAAAAGUCGCAAGAAACGCAAGACGAACAAGCCCCACGAUUCGUCGACGCCUCACGGGAGCACCGCGGCAGAGUCUGUGCGGAAUCUCAUCAAGAAGAAUCCGCGCUACAGUAAGCGGAUCAACUACGACGCGCUGAAGGACCUCUUCACGGACGGCGGCGCCGUUCCCAAGUUGCCUGCGACGCCGGGGCCGGACGACAAAGACGAUCCGCUAUAUGUGAUGGACGACAAGAGCGACGGGGAGGGCAUGCUCAUUGUGGAAGAGGCUGGUGGCGGUGGCGUCGGCAUGCCUCCGACACGGUCGCGCUCGACCAGUAGUGGUCCGCGACAAGCGAAGAGUAUUGUUGGCGCGGAACCCGAGGAAGAUGAAGACGCCGUUGGCGAGGAAGACGUUGAGGAAGAAGCAAGUGAGAAAGGAGAUGAGUACAACGACAAUGACUGGGAUGUAUACGAGCAGGAGGUUUGAUGACUCAAAUAACUGGC